AUGGGCGGCGUCAUUUCAAGCAUCCAAAGCAGCAUCACCGCCAUCACCAGCGUCAUCCGCACCAUCUCUUCGCUCAACGCAAAAUACCAAGCUCUCCUGCGGCGCAUCGAAACGGGGCCGUUUACGCCGGUGGAGAGCCCUACCGAGUCGUAUUGGAUGCGGGAUGCGCCGUUUCCGGGGAUUGGGGAUGUGGUGGGCGAGAUGCCCGAUGAGGCGGAUGUUGUCGUCGUGGGGAGUGGGAUUACGGGUGCUGCUGCGGUGAAGACGUUGUGUGAGCUGUCUUGCUCUUCCUCUUCCUCUUCCUCUUCCUCUUCCUCUUCCUCUUCCUCUUCCUCUUCCUCUUCCUCUUCCUCUUCCUCUUCAUCUGGAGAUGGUGGUGAAAAGGCGCCGAGGAUUGUGGUUCUGGAGGCGAGACAGCUGUGUAGUGGCGCGACGGCGAGGAACGGGGGACACAUCAAGUGCACGCCGCACGAGGAGUUUUCGCGGCUGAGGAAGAGCUUGGGGGAGGAGAGGGCGAGGAAGGUUGUGAGGAUGCAGAUGAGGCAUCUGGAGGUGCUGAGGGGGGUUGGGGAGGGGAUGGACUGGGGGGAGGUGAGGGAGGUUGAGACGGUGGAUGUGUUUCUUGAGGGGGAGGGGUUUGAGAGGGCGAGGAGGGGGGUUGAGGAGAUGAGGGGGUGGAUGCCGGAGGUUGAGGUUUAUGUUUGGGAGGGGGAGGAGAUGAGGGAGAAGUUUGGGGUGAAUCGUCAUAUUGUCGGUGCGAUAUCGUAUCAAGCUGGCGCCCUUUGGCCGUAUCGUCUUGUUACGAGCACGUGGAACGAUUUAAUGACUCGAUAUCCAAACCUCACCAUCAGUACACAUACACCCGUCACGUCCAUCAGUACAAACGACUCUUCAUCCUUCCCAUACACGGUUCACUCUUCUCGCGGCUCUAUCCGUGCACGGCAUAUUCUCCAUGCCACAAAUGCCUACACGGGUCAUCUCGUCCCCGCCCUUCGAGGUUGUCUGACGGGAGUACUCGGACACAUGACGGCGCAGCAGCCAGGAGCCGGAUUCGCGCCUGUUUGUCAUGGCGGACGGUCUUGGUCAAUAAUGUACGGAGCGGGAUUUGAGUAUAUAACGCAACGGCCAGAUGGUAAUGAUGGAUCUCCGGGUGAUUUGAUGAUUGGAGGAGGCUUGUUUAGGAGUAAAGAUGAGGGAUUGGAUCAGAUUGGUGUGUGGGAUGAUUCGAGGGUGGAUGCUUUCCCGUUGAUGCAUCUCAGAGGCAGCAUGCCCACGGUAUUCGAGCCGAAAUGGGGUGCCGGGGGACAGUUGAAAGGUGCUUGGAGCGGAAUCAUGGGGUUCACGGGUGAUGUGCUUCCCUUUGUGGGAAGUAUCUCGCCUGAAGCCGGGGGACUGAGGAAGAGUCUUGGAGGAGGACUGGAGAAGGGCGCCGGAGAGUGGAUAGCUGCUGGGUUUAAUGGAGAGGGCAUGGUGUGGGCGUGGUUGAGCGGUGUUGCUGUGGCGAUUAUGAUGCUGGGUAAGGAAGGGGACGAUUUGGAGGAGAGUGUGGGACGGCCUGGGGGGAAGUUGGGGGAGUGGUAUCCGGUGGAGGAGGUUAGGGUUGAUGGGGGGAGGUUGAGGAGGGCGCGGUUGGAGAAUUUGGCGAAUGAGAUUUAA